UCUGGCAUAAGCUCCAUUAGCUCCCGCCGACAACGUGACCUGUUUGUGGACCUACUGAGGUCCAAACCAAUUAAAUGGCACUUGGCAUCACAGCUUCUGCAAUUGAUCUUUGACAAUCAACCGCAAAAGGUGGGGCCUAUAAUAGCAAAAAAAAGCUACAAGCUGGAGAAUUUUUUCAAAGGAAAUCCUAGGCGUAUCUUGAAGUGGUUCUCUAAUUUUGCUGGUAAUGAUGACUUCGCACAUGGAAAGGGUGCUAAGGCACUAUCCCAAUUUGCUUUUGUAAACCGAGAUAUUUGUUGGGAGGAGCUUGAGUGGAAAGGUAAGCAUGGGCAGUCACCGGCUAUGGUUGCGACGAAGCCCCAUUAUUUCCUUGAUCUGGAUGUCCAACGGACAGUGGAGAAUUUUCUCGAGUAUGUGCCUGAAUUUUGGUCAUCCAAUGAGUUUAGUGAGUCAUUAAAGGAUGGUGAUAUUUUGUUCAUUGAUAUGAAAUACUUUGUUAAUUGGUUUACUGACUUGAUGUAUAAGGAGGAACUGGAAGAAUUAUGGGAAGUUAUAGAGGAGUUCCUCAUGGAGCAAUCUUUCUCAUUCUUAUGUCAUCACCUUCUAAUCAUUCUUGAAGAGCAGGACUUCCAUCUUUUCAUAGAUUUGAUACCAAAAUAUCUUAAACCAAAGCCAGAAUCCAUUGCGUCUGGUAAUGCAUCUGAUUGGCUUGAGAUUGUACUUUCAAAAUAUUGUGGUUCUAGUACCAUUGAUCAGCUACUUCUACUGAAUGCGGUGACUAAUCAAGCUCGCCAGCUCCUGCGGCUUGUCCGGGAAGAAGGCAGUGAGGAACAAAAAGAGAAGAUAAAGAAUUUGGUUUUUCAAAUCUGUGAUUCCUCAAGUUAUACCAAUGAUUUGGCACCAAUAAUGGAAGAAGUCUCAAAGAGGAAACCAUUAGAAUCCAUAGCAAGGUUGGGUGUGCAUUCUUGGGCUAUACAUUUCAGGCUAUCAGAGGAAUUGCGUACUCCUGACUCCUGGGAAUCCCUGUUUAUCAGUAAUGGAAUAGAGUUUCGUAAAUCCGACAAGUAUGCUUUGCUACAUGAUGAUGAAUUUUCAGAAGAUUGUGGAUCAGAUUAUAACGGAAAGUCUUCAUGGAGCCCCAAGCACAAGAAGCGCAGAAAACAUAAAAGGAAAACAAAGCGAAAUCUUGGUUCUGCUGAAAGUUAUGAGGAUGAAUUGGUUGAUUUUAGUUUAACAAAUAACAGAUGGGAUCUGCAAUCCAAGGCAGGCGAUUGGUUGCUCUCUACUGAUGGUUAUUCAACUACUUGGAGCAUUGUGGAUCUCCCAGAGCACCUUUCAAAGCAUUGCUUCACUACGUGGUUGAAUUGGGUGUUUGCCAAGUGGGGGUAGUGUCUUGAUCCUUGGGGCUCUGAAUUGUCCAUUUAAAAGUUUGAGAGGAAGAACCCUGUCAUAUCCUUGUGCAACAGAGCUGUCUUUCAGGUUUGUAUGAAAACUUUAUGGCCGACUGUUGUUUCUCUUCCACCACCUCUCAGAAAUUGUUGGCAAUGUCACAUAUGUUGCUAAACGACAGUAAGGUCCUAUGGUUCGGAGCAGAUGUAUCUUGACUUCAUACAUCUGGAAUCAAAGCAGGAAUCCUUUUAUGCCGAAGAAUUUUGCAG